AUGCAGAACGAGGAGAAGCGUUCCUUCAGCUGGGAGCAUGCAAACUCACACGGAGGAAGCGGCAUCGCUCGCGCGCAGAGAACAAAUUCGGGUGGAACGAGUAAUGCAGAUUUUCCCUCUGGCGAUCCCGGAAUGUACCAGUUGGACAUUACUCUAAGAAGAGGACAGAAUUUAGCAGCACGGGACCGUGGAGGAACCAGUGAUCCCUACGUCAAGUUCAAACUUGGAGGAAAAGAAGUAUUUAGAAGUAAAACAAUACACAAGAACCUCAAUCCCGUGUGGGAAGAAAAAGCUUGCAUCCUCAUAGAUAACCCAAGAGAACCAUUGUACAUAAAGGUCUUUGACUAUGACUUUGGACUUCAAGAUGACUUUAUUGGUUCGGCGUUUCUGGAUCUCACUUCAUUGGAAUUAAACAGGCAAACAGAUGUUACCUUGAGUCUGAAGGAUCCUCAUUACCCUGACCAUGAUCUGGGAAGUAUAUUGUUAUCAGUUCUGUUGGCUCCCAGAGAAGAACAGCGAGAAGUGUUUCAGACCCAGAGCUUACGUCUCUCAGACCUGCACAGAAAGUCUCAGCUAUGGAGAGGGAUAGUUAGUGUUACCUUAAUAGAAGGUCGUGAACUUAAGGCGAUGGAUGCAAAUGGACUAAGCGAUCCUUACGUGAAGUUCCGGUUGGGGCAUCAGAAGUACAAGAGCAAGAUUGUGCCAAAAACUUUGAAUCCUCAGUGGAGGGAGCAGUUUGACUUUCAUCUCUAUGAAGAACGAGGUGGAAUUAUUGAUAUUACCGUGUGGGACAAAGAUGCUGGCAAAAAAGAUGAUUUUAUUGGCAGGUGCCAGGUUGACCUGUCAACCCUGAGCAAAGAGCAAACCCACAAGUUGGAGAUGCCGCUGGAGGAGGGAGAGGGCUGCCUGGUGUUGCUGGUCACGCUCACAGCCUCGGCUGCCGUCACGAUCUCUGACCUCUCCGUCAACUCCCUGGAGGACCAGAAGGAGCGAGAGGAGAUACUGAAGAGAUAUAGCCCAAUGACGAUGUUCCAUAACAUGAAGGAUGUGGGAUUUCUUCAGGUGAAGGUCAUCAGGGCAGAAGCAUUGAUGGCAGCUGAUGUCACAGGUAAAAGCGACCCAUUUUGUGUAGUUGAAUUGAACAAUGACAGACUGCUGACACAUACCGUCUACAAGAACCUCAACCCAGAAUGGAACAAAAUCUUCACUUUCAAUAUUAAAGACAUCCACUCGGUGCUUGAAGUGACAGUUUAUGACGAAGACCGCGACCGCAACCGCGAGACAGACGGCUGUCAUGUCCUUUUCCUGCAGAUUCAAAAUGGUGAACAGAAAGCCUACGUCUUGAAAAACAAGCAGCUGACAGGGCCAACAAAGGGGGUCAUCUAUCUUGAAAUAGAUGUGAUUUUUAAUGCUGUGAAAGCCAGCAUACGAACCUUAAUGCCCAAAGAACAGAAGUACAUUGAAGAGGAAAACAGACUGUCUAAACAGCUCCUGUUAAGAAACUUUAUCCGGAUGAAGCGUUGUGUCAUGGUGCUCAUAAAUGCCGCCUACUACAUCAGCAGUUGCUUUGACUGGGAUUCUCCCCCAAGAAGUCUCGCUGCUUUUUUGCUUUUUCUUUUUGUGGUCUGGAACUUUGAGCUCUACAUGAUACCACUGGCUUUGUUGUUGCUGCUGGCAUGGAACUACUUCUUGAUCGUAUCGGGGAAAGAUAACAGGCAACAUGAUACGGUAGUGGAGGACAUGCUAGAGGACGAGGAAGAAGAGGAUGACAGAGAUGACAAGGACAGCGAAAAAAAAGGAUUUAUGAAUAGACUUUAUGCCAUCCAGGAGGUGUGUGUCAGCGUCCAGAAUAUCCUUGAUGAAGUGGCUUCCUUCGGAGAAAGGAUCAAGAAUACAUUCAACUGGACUGUCCCAUUCCUGAGCUGGCUGGCCAUCGUUGCCCUCUCCGUGUUCACCAUCAUCCUGUAUUUCAUUCCACUGAGAUACAUUGUCCUUGUCUGGGGCAUCAACAAAUUUACAAAGAAACUUCGAAGUCCAUACGCAAUUGAUAACAAUGAGCUACUUGACUUUCUGUCCAGAGUUCCUUCAGAUGUGCAAGUGGUGCAAUACCACGAACUGAAACAAGAUCCCAGUCACAGCCCCAGCAAGAGGAAGAAAAACAACCCUGGCUAGACAGCCUUGCGUGC